CGCAAGAGCUCACCAACCAGAGAUCGGAUUUCGCGCAACCAGACGAUAUCCGGGGAAACGGAUGUAAAUUUGCCGGAAAGAAGCGUAAUUUAUGUUAUAAUCAGUUAAACAACAUAUGUUUGUGCAAUAUAGUUAUUCAUAAGUGUACGGGGCAACGUUGGACUGAUAUGCGCGGCGCACAAGUAUUGUCUGCCAUCGUGGGGCGAGUGUUCAUCAAGGCAGAAACCCGAUGUGAUAUGCGCCUCUGAUGCAUUUGAAACGCUUCCUAGGAUUUGAUGCUUAUUAAUAACUGACUUACUUCGUGUUACUUCAUUUUGCGCGUGCGUUAUGUCAGCGAUAAGCGAGGCGUUUCGUCACAAGCUAGGCACCCUCAAAGGAGGGCGAAUAGAACUUCGCAAGGAUGAGGAAGAAGGCAUCGCGACGAUUGUACUCAAUUUUCCCGAGAAAAGAAACUCAUUUACUGGGUCUAUGAUGUUGGAGUUGGAAAGUGUAAUUGCGGAACUGGAAUGCUGGUCUCGGGGGAAAGGGGUUCUCCUUCACGGUGCCAAAGGGUUCUUCUGUUCUGGCGGAUAUUUAGCGCACAUGAAGAAGAUAUCAAGGCAAGAAGAAGGAGUGCAAAUGGCUACCCUCAUGCGGACUACUCUUAACAGGUUGGGCAACUUACGAAUGCUAACUGUUGCAGUCGUAGAAGGCAGGGCACUGGGUGGCGGUGCAGAGCUGACGACGGCCACUGACUUUCGGCUGAUGGCACGUGGUUCUGAGGUUCAGUUUGUGCACGCCAAGAUGGGCAUAGCACCUGCUUGGGGUGGCGCAACAAAUCUCGUAAAACUCGUAGGUCACCAGCAAGCGCUCGAUCUUCUGACUUCGUGCAGGCGUCUGGGCGCUGAAGAAGCCGUGAAGAUGCAUUACGCCAUUGGCGUCCUGAACAGUGAUGACGCCGUUCCGGAGGCUCGAAAGUGGCUCAGGGAGCGGACCCAGUGGCCAGUGGAAGUCGUUCGGACUUUGAAGGAGAUGGUAUCAGCUGCAAGAACACUGCCGGUGUCAGAAGCACAUGAGAAGGAAUUACAGCUGUUUGCUCCUCUGUGGGGAGCUACAGCUAAUAGGGAUGCAUUAAUACAAAACAUAAAACAUUGAAACAAAAGUGAUCAGGGAACCUUUCAGGAACAGGAAUACCUUGUUGUUCUUGACGUGAUUACGCUGCUCAAGAGUGUUUUCUUUUAUUGCACGUUCUUUGUAUGAAUUUAUUCUUGCGACCAUGCCGUUGCACAGUUUGGUACUGUACUGGUUCCUGAGAAAGAAAGUGCUUCUUUUCUACUUUUUAUAGCAUUUGCAUAGCCUUUAUGCACAGCAUGCGUAGCAUUUCUAGCAUAGCCUCUGCUCAAGAUUGAUUGGAUCGAAAUUUCAAAAUAUUGAAACGCAUCAUUAUUAUGGGUAUCAACGUGGAUUAGCCACGCACUGGUUAUUCUCAUAGCAAUUAAUAAUAUAGUACUAUAAGAGAUAUUUCAGUCUUCGAAUUGACCUUCUUUAUCUAUCCCCCACUUCCACUGCCUGCAAUGGGUACGGCUUCAACUUCAAGUCAAUAUCAAUACUCUGCAUUUGAAACAAGUUUGUACAUGGGCCAUGUUGAAAGUAUCUAUUUUGUACCUGCAGUUUGAUACAUAUUUUAUGUACUUAAAACACAUGCACAUUAAAAAGAAAGGUGUCACCAAGCCA